AUGAACAUAAUCCAAGAUCCAGGAUGUGAUGGUUCUGUGUUGCUUGACGGUUCCGCGAGCGGACCAAGCGAGAAGGAUGCACCACCCAACUUAUCCUUGCGAGCACAAGCAUUCGUGAUCAUAGAAAAUCUUCGUAGACUCGUCCACAAUGCUUGCAACCGCAUAGUCUCUUGUUCGGAUCUGACUGCCCUUGCUGCUCGUGAUGCGGUAUUUUUGUCAGGUGGUCCCAACUAUAGCAUACCGUUGGGCAGACGUGACGGAACUACCUUUGCCACUAGAAAUGUUACUCUAGCCAACCUUCCACCACCCACGGCCAACACGACCACAAUAUUAAAUUCCCUUUCCACGAAAGGGUUCACUCCCACUGAUGUUGUGGCCCUAUCCGGUGGCCACACCAUCGGGAUAGCCCACUGCACCUCUUUCACCCCUCGGCUCUUCCCAACACGAGAUCCAACAAUGGACCAAACCUUUUUCAAUAAUCUAAGAUUAACAUGCCCAACAAAUGUAACCGACAACACCACUUUCAUGGACAUUCGGUCCCCAAAUGUGUUCGAUAAUAGGUAUUACGUUGACCUCAUGAAUCGUCAAGGGCUUUUCACAUCAGACCAAGACUUGUAUACGGAUAGCAGGACUCGAGGCAUCGUCACAAACUAUGCGAUCAACCAAACCUUGUUUUUCCGUGACUUUGUGAAUGCAAUGAUAAAGAUGGGACAAUUAAGUGUAUUGACAGGCACACAAGGGCAAAUUCGUACAAAUUGCUCACGUGUAAACUCAAACAACCUGUUUAUAUUGUCGGGCAUGGAAAACAAUGAGGACGAGAAGUUGGCAUCAUAUUAGGAGUGAUUUUGUGUUUACAAAUCUAUGUCCAAAUAAAAUGCAAUAUCACUUGCAAUAAUGUGGUUUUAUAGUGUUUGUAUACAUAUAAUGUUGUAACAUAUACUACGAUUGUGAUAAUUACCUUAUCUAUAAACAAUGUAUUACGUGUUUUUUUAGGGGUGUGAGUCAAUGACAC